AUGUUGAACAAUUCUUACAACACAACUUAUGGAAUUUCUAUCAAAGAAUUCUUUAGCCUUGAAAAUUCUCAUUUUUGCUAUGAAGUUUAUAAUAAACUUAAGAUUUUUAUAAUUAUUAAUUGUGUUAUACUUAUUUAUUUUAUUAGUUAUUUUUUUCAAGAUGCCAAACUCUGUUUUUUUAAAGACAAUAAAUAUAUUCAUUAUGCAACCAGAUUAUAUAUAAAUAUUGGAAUUAUUGUUUCAAUUUAUUAUACUGCACUUUGUAUUUUUGAAUCACCAAAAAUCUUAAUUAAUGAAUUUUUUCAAGGACAAACAAAUGAAUAUAUUAAAUAUUUUGAAUCAUUAUUUACACCCGGAAUGAUAUUUUUUAUGGGAUUUCUUAUUCCAUAUCAAAUUUUAUUUCUUUUAAUCUAUUUUUUUAUAGAUACUCCUACUCCUAAAAUCAUUGCGAUAAUAAUUUUAUUAUUUCCUGUUAUUAUUAUUUGUUCACUUGGAUCUUCUAGAUAUGUUUUGGCAUUUUGGAUUAAAUUGGCAAUUUUACUUUCAAAAGAAGGUUUGGAUAGUGGUUUAAAAAUUGCCGUAAUUGUUUUUGGAGUAUUGGUAUUGAUAGGAUUUUGUGGUAUUUUAUCUGGUAGUGGACUUGGGUUUAGUAAUAUAAUUAUGGCUAUAUUUCUAAUUUUUGUAACUCUGGUAAAUAAUGAUUUUUGUAAUGAUUUUGAGAAUGUUAGAUUUGAAAGUGAAAUCAAAACUGUAGUUGCAAAUGUAUUUAAUUAUUUAGAUUCACUUAAGGGUGAAGGAUUUUGA